GGCGCAGCAGGAGAGGUCGCGGCGCUGGGUCCCGUCCGAGCGCAGCGCGGACGAGGGGCGCGACCCGUCGCAGCCCCGCCGACCUUCCCCGCUGGGCUCUUGGACCCUCUCCGUCUCCUCCUCUGUCCCUCCUUCCCUCCCCGCUGAGCUCCCCGUCCCCGCCGCCGCUCCCGAGGGCAGUCGCAGCGGGCGCUGCCCAUGCAGGGGGCGGCGCGGGGCGCGGCGCCCCGAGGAGACGCCGCCGCUGCCGCCGCUGCGGGCAGCGUGGAGGUCUCAAACUGAAUUCUAUGGGUUUUGUGGAAAUAGGCAGCUGGAUAGUGAAGAGAUUAUACCAUGGCUCCAGCUAAGAGAAGCAGUAAGGUAUGCUUGGCAGUGAUUAUGGACUAUUUAUUUGCAUCAGAUACCCUUAUAUGAAAACACCACGUUUCCAAAGAGCUUAAAUAUUAUUUCAUCUUCUGAAACAGAAUGGCAGGCUUCAAACGAGGAUAUGAUGGAAAAAUUGCAGGAUUGUAUGACUUGGAUAAAACUUUGGGCAGAGGCCAUUUUGCUGUGGUCAAACUUGCUCGGCAUGUCUUUACAGGUGAAAAAGUAGCAGUAAAAGUCAUUGACAAGACCAAACUGGACACUCUUGCCACUGGACAUCUCUUUCAAGAAGUCAGGUGCAUGAAAUUAGUGCAGCAUCCCAACAUUGUGCGGCUGUAUGAAGUGAUUGACACCCAGACAAAGCUUUAUCUCAUCUUAGAGCUAGGGGAUGGUGGAGAUAUGUUUGAUUACAUCAUGAAACAUGAAGAAGGUCUCAAUGAGGAUCUGGCAAAAAAAUACUUUGCUCAAAUAGUUCAUGCUAUAUCCUACUGCCAUAAACUGCAUGUAGUUCAUAGAGACUUAAAACCAGAGAAUGUGGUUUUCUUUGAAAAACAAGGACUUGUGAAAUUGACUGAUUUUGGCUUCAGCAACAAAUUUCAGCCUGGAAAGAAGCUCACUACAAGCUGUGGCUCUCUCGCCUAUUCUGCUCCUGAAAUUUUACUUGGGGAUGAAUAUGAUGCACCAGCAGUGGAUAUAUGGAGUUUGGGAGUCAUCCUCUUCAUGUUAGUCUGUGGACAACCACCAUUCCAAGAAGCAAAUGACAGUGAAACUCUGACUAUGAUAAUGGACUGCAAAUACACGGUGCCACCUCAUGUGUCCAAAGAAUGUAAAGAUCUAAUUACACGGAUGUUGCAGAGAGACCCGAAGCGAAGGGCAUCUUUGGAAGAGAUUGAAAACCACGCAUGGCUCCAAGGAGUUGAUCCAUCUCCUGCAACCAAGUAUAAUAUUCCUCUUGUGUCAUACAAAAAUCUGUCUGAGGAGGAGCACAACAGUAUAAUACAGCGCAUGGUUCUUGGGGACAUCGCAGACAGAGACACCAUAGUGGAGGCACUGGAGACUAACAAAUACAAUCACAUCACUGCUACUUACUUCUUACUAGCUGAAAGGAUCCUGCGAGAAAAACAAGAGAAGGAAAUUCAGACCAGAUCUGCAAGCCCCAGCAACAUCAAAGCUCAGUUCAGGCAGUCGUGGCCAACAAAAAUUGAUGUCCCCCAGGAUCUGGAGGAUGACCUUACAGCAACCCCUCUCUCCCACGCCACUGUUCCUCAGUCCUCACCAGCUCGCACGGCUGAGAAUGUUCUCAACGGGCACCGGAGCAAGGCCCUUGGGGAUUCCACAAAGAAGGAAGAGAUCCCCGAACUGGCUGGGCCAGCACUUUCAGCAGUUCCAUCGGUGAGCUUAAAACCCACUACCAGUGGCCGGAAGUGCUUGUUCAGAGUAGAAGAAGAUGAAGAGGAGGAUGAGGAAGAUAAAAAACCUAUUUCUCUUUCUACUCAAGUUGUUCUGCGUCGUAAGCCUUCGGUUACAAAUCGUCUUACUUCGAGAAAGAGUGCACCAGUCCUCAACCAGAUCUUCGAGGAGGGCGAGUCAGAUGAUGAGUUUGACAUGGACGAGAACUUGCCCCCAAAGCUCAGCAGGUUAAAGAUGAACAUUGCCUCGCCCAGCACCGUGCACAAACGCUACCACCGGAGGAAAAGCCAAGGACGGGGCUCCAGCUGCAGCAGCUCCGAAACCAGCGAUGACGACUCGGAAAGUAGGAGGCGUCUGGACAAGGACAGCGGGUUUACUUACUCCUGGCACAGACGGGAUAGUAGCGAAGGGCCACCUGGCAGCCAGGGAGAUGGUGGUGGACAAAGCAAACCAAGCAACGGAAACGGAGGGGUGGACAAAACGAGCCCAGGUGAUAACAACAAAGGUGGGGGAAGUCCCUCCGGUAGCUCUGGUGGGAGCACCAACACCACCUCGGGUUCCACUCGGAGAUGUGCUGCAUCUGGAAACUCGAUGCAGCUGUCAUCCAGAAGUGCAGGGGAACUGGUUGAAAGCCUGAAGCUAAUGAGCCUUUGUCUAGGUUCACAGAUUCACGGCAGCACGAAAUACAUUAUUGAUCCUCAAAACAAUCUGUCCUUUUCCAGUGUAAAAGUACAGGAGAAAUCAACGUGGAAAAUGUGUAUAAGCUCCAGCGGAAGUGCAAACCAGGCUUCAUCACUGGGUAGCCUAAAAUUUUUUUCCGACCAAAUGUCAGACACAACAAAUGAAUUGGAACGGCUAAAGAACAGGAACUUGAAAAACAAUGUGCUACAACUACCUCUCUGUGAAAAGAUAUCUGUGAAUAUUCAGCGGAACCCAAAGGAGGGGCUGCUGUGUACCUCCAGUCAAACCAGUUGCUGUCAUGUCAUUUGACAAUGACCUGACUUGAACAGCUCGAUUUGCCUGACAGAGUCAUUCUUCCUGGUCAGAGCUGUGAACACCUUGUCACGGACCCCCUUUUGUUGUCUUAAGAUUUUUAAGUGGGCUUUGAGCAGUUAUUUAUUAUACUUUAAUUUUGUGUUUGCUUGAUGGUAUGACAAUGCAUGGUCUUUGCAUGCUGCUAGCAGAUAUGUUUUUCUUUUUCAACACAACAGAAUAUUUUAUUGUGUAAUUUUUACAUUUAUAAUUUUACUAUGGAAGAUCUGGAUUAAAUGAAAAUAAAGAUCUGGAUCCUAAUGUAAAUGAAGCACUUAGAAGUUUCAUGUUCUGCACUUAAACUAGAAAGAGAAGCUUUUGUUUGCUUAUGAAAUGUUAAUUCUUGUUCUGACCUUCUGUGAAAACUAAAAUAUGUGAUAUGUGGCAUACUUCUAUGUGUCUGAAACAGAACCAAAGCAAUAAUGUUUUGAUGCUGAAAACUCUUCAGGGAGCUUUCAGAUGUUCCAAGGCUUGUACAAAGCAAACAUGCACUGAAAAUUAGUGAUCUUGAAAUAUAAUUUUAAACCCACACCUAUUUGUCUUAAGCUAUGAUAUAGAUGAAGUUGUGGCUCAAAAAUCAAACUGAAAAGAUCUUGUUUUGCUAGAGGCAGUUUUCUUUAAAAAAAAAAAAAAAAGAGGCAAGUAGAUUUGUAAGGCAGCUUUCUCCCAUAAAAAUAUGUUAAUAUUACAAGCAGACAAUCUUUUUUAAUAUAACAAAGGUAAAUUAUUAAGUCUACUUCUGAGUUUUUACAUGCUAACUGAAAAUAAAGUAUUUGUAUGAAUUACUUUUGUUAGUAGUAUAUCAUGACACUUAGUAUUUUAGGUUUCUACCUUGUAAGCCCUCUCUGCUGUUCUCGCCUCCCCUCCCUGAGAUUCCAGAAGGCAAUAAGGGAUGGAAAACCUUUAGGUAAUUGGAUUCACAUUGAAAUUGUCAUUUACAGUUUUGUUAUUAUUACUCUUUUUAGGACUUAAAAUACUGCUGUUCCCCACAUGUGCAUCACUUACUUUCCCUCAGUAAUACACCUGUUCAUAAAGUUCGUUUAAAAUAGCCUGUAGGAAAGUGUUUCUUUCACAGCUCUGAGCCUUCCUGUCAGGCUUCCCAUUGCCAUGGCAAGGUCUUGAUUUAGAGUAUUUCUGUACAAAAGGAUACUUUUGACCAGAUGAAUUAACUUUGUGGAAUUUUAUUAUCUAGAAUAAAAUAUAUUGCAGAUUCCUAGUUUUGGGAAGGGCAAGAAUGUUUUAUUUUUUCAUGCUGUGCACUAGGUCUUCUAAGCAAUGCUAGUGAAACUGGGGGUACUAUGUAGCAGCGCCCUGGGCAGACCCUGGGUGUCCCAGAGGAGUUUGACACUGUUAAGCAUCUUGUAACGCUUUCAGAAUGGUCAAUACAGCGUGUUUUGUGUCUGCUGUGGAGCGAGCAGAGCACCGAAGAACGGCUGGGUCAGCAUGGCAACAGCUCACAACAGCUCUUGUGAUUCCUGCAAGACUUCAGAGAGUCUGAAGUGCAUGGGGUGUCCUUCCUGGUGAACUGAGCCGGGGGGGGGCUCUGCUUCUGGAACAAGGCAAAGGAGAAGUGUUCUGCUUCUUUAAGUUUUAAUCUCUAGUUGCAGUUUAGUUAAAAGCUACAAGCAUAGAUGUCUGGGUGAAGCCAUAGAACAUAAUUGCUUGAAUUUUUUGAGCAGGGAUCUUACCAAGGGCCAGAAACGAGAUGUGUGGUUCACAGACAGUGAGCGUAACAUCCACGUAGGAGACAAGUUUAUAAAGGGCAUUGGCAAUAAACUUUAUUUGUUGCAGCUUUUUUCCAAGUAUUGUAAAUACUCUUUCCUGAUAUGUACAGCCUUGGAAUGGCACCUUUUAACUAACCCCGGGUGUAUUUUGUUUCCAAUGUUUUUAUAUACAACUGUAUAUAUGGUGCUCACUUUAGAACAGCAGUGUUGACCAUUUAUGCUGCAUAGUUGUAUUAUAGCCUUAUAGUUGUGUGUGGCUGGUUGGACCUCUGGGUGUACAGAUGUGUACAGAUGUGUUAGUCUGAGUGCUGUCCUCCCCACCUCUGUUGAUAGGUGAAUGAUUGUGCAUGUGGUGUACGUCGUGUUAUGUCGUCAUGUAAAAGGAAGGGCGAGAAUAACCACUACAUUACAAUAAUAUUGGACCAAACUAUUUAGAGCAAGUAAACAGUUUCUUGUACCCCUUAACGUGUCUUUAAGAGUUGCAUAUAGUUACAGUAGUGUAUAAAGUAAAUAUUGUGGAGAAACAGUUAGUCUUGUAUUUUUCUGUAUGUGUGUAUAUAAAAAUAUAUAAAAAAUAAUGUACCUCUAGAAAUUUAAUCUGUAUUUAAGAUGUGACAAUCUUGACACAGAAUUUUAAGAGUAGCAGUCUAAAUAAGCAGAAUUAAUGAACAGAAGUAUAAAAAUUUCUCACCAAGAAAGAAUCCAUGUGUGUUAAGAGGGUACAGAAAUAUCAACUGAUCUUAUUGCUUCUGGCAAUGUUUGGCUUUUUCAUUGUACAAACAUUCAUGGUGUGCGACAGAAAUGGAAAAUCCAGUUAAUAAAAGUGAUAUCCUGAUUGAUGCAUAA